AUGGAUGAACAAUUCACAUCCUCACUAUUGUGGCAAAUAUACGUAUAUAUAGUUGGAUGCAAAGCUUGUUCAGUCAUUAUUCAUUCUUUACUGGCAUUAAGACAUAUCGACAACACAGGUUCUUGCAAACAUGCAGUGUUCAUACUUAAUUUUCCUUGCUGUAGUUUGCACAGCACAUUCUGUUUUGUCAAUGUCAUUAAAGGAGAUCAGUGAUGCUUGCAAGAAAGAGCAUAACUUUGAUGGCGAUUUAGAUAAAAUUAAUUACGACGAUCCUGAAUUUCCAAAAGAAGCUAAGUGUACACUGGCCUGUUCAUUUGAGAAAAAUGGUGUGUUGAAAGCAGAUGGAUCCUUCGAUAAAGAAAAGGAUAAAGAGGCUGUUGAAGAAAUAGUGAAAGAUGAAGUGCUAAAAGCAAAGUUGAUGGCAGCGAUUGAUGAAUGCGAUGUUACAGCGAAAGCAGAUAAAUGUGAAGCGGCUUACGAGUUUGUAAAAUGCAAAAAAGCGAAGGCUGGACCACAUUGA